AUGCCCCAGGCUCCAAGGAAGGAUGUCAGUGCGCAGAAGGCCCAGGAUAAAGAGUCCAAGCGUGCAAGAGGUGCCCUUUCCUGCGCCGAAUGCAGACGCUUGAAGCUCAAGUGCGACAAGACGGUGCCAUGUUCCAGCUGCAAACGACGAGGAUGUUCAGCUAUCUGUCCGAAUGGAAGCUUGAUCACUGGCCAGGGGACUAGGUUCGUUCUGGCGGACACGGAGAAGCUUCAUGCAAAGAUAUCACAAAUGAGUGACCGAAUUCGCCAGCUCGAGGACGCCCUCGCUGUAUCACAUCUCACAACAACAAAGGAAACACAUCCCCUAUUGACCCGCGAGCUCCUCAAAGUCAAAUCCAGUCUGGAGCUACAUUCAGCCGUCGAGGAAGACGAAAAGGAGCGUGUUACGACCAUCACAGAGAAAGACGAAGGAGAAGAGUCGCAGUAUAUUGAUGCCUUUGGGACACUAGCAAUUCGAGACGAUGGUGCAGCAACGUUCUACGGCCGUUCAGCAGGCUCAGAGCGCGAGCUUCCAGAACCAUCACCAACGGACACCCCUGGGGUCGAACCCGGAGCCUCCGAACGGUUCAUCCCUCCCGAACUCGCCUCCCUUGCUUCUAACUUCCCACUGGCUUCCUCCUUCUAUCGACCCGGGAUAGACUUGGACUACAUUAUCAACAACUACUUGCCGUCAUGGCAGGAUGCCCAACGCCUCUAUCAACUAUACCUCGAACAGGCACCUUGGUUCUUCGGUGCGGUCACCCGGCGACAACUUGACGAGGAAUUGCUGCCAAUGUGGUACAAAGAGGCGCCCAAACCAGCAAUGGCAGCAUCGCCAGUGGCUAUGGGUACAAGCGCUGUUUCCCCUGCGGCCAGCGAGGCCAGCGAGUCAUCCUCGCCCAAAGGGAAUGCUCAUGACCUUGCUCUCAUGUUCGUUAUCUUCUGCUUUGGGUCGCUGACAGACAUGGAAAUGCCACCAGCACCAAACAACCCUGAAGCCGAACAGUACUAUCAGCUGACGAAAGCCUGCUUAACAAUCGAACCAGUCCUGGAACGGCCACCUAGCGUCUCGACCGUCCAAACCCUCUCUCUAAUGGCGAUCUAUGAAGGACUUUGCAGUAAAGAAAAUAGCAUUGAGAGCACAUGGGCCCUAUUUGGGAUGGCCACGAAGCUUGCGCAGAGCGUGAGUUCUUGGUGGGGUUUUGCCAUGCAUCGUAUGCUGAUAUCAUCACGCCGAUUUCGUUAUUCCGUGUUUUUAGAUUGGUCUUCGUAA